AUGCCAUCCGCUUGGUAUCUCACUUCAUUCAUUUCCAUACCGUUACUAUUAUCCAUACCAUUAACUCACCCACUUUUCCACCUUACACGACCGAUCUCUUUGCCAUCUCUUCUUAUACCGUCAAUUCCACCGCAAAAUAUUCCUUCGCACGGAGCAAAGAUCGCUAAGGCUAUGACUCAGUGCACUUUUCUAUUUAAUCGUAAUUCAGCAGAACAACUCAUCAUUCACAGCAUAUACCUCAUCACGCACAGCAUAUACCUCAUCAUUCACAGCAUAUACCUCAUCAUUCACAGCAUAUACCUCAUCACGCACAUUUGUAAAAACACCUACAUUUCAAUGCCACAGCAUUUUCACGCAUUCAUACGGUUCUACGCCGUUCUUCGUACGUACAGCACUAAAUUAAUUGUUUUACACACCAAAGGUGCCCAACAAGUAAAAGUGGCUUGA